CCUGUGACGGAGGUGAGUGACGAUGAAAGAACAUUUUUGACAUUGUUGAUCAGAGCUGAGACGCCAUCACAGGGUGUGAGAUCUCUGCUGGAAAACACACGUUUGGAUUAUUUGAAGCAAUCAAGAGACGGGACAGUAACUCGGUGAGUCUUGCUUUUGAAAGACAAUUUAGAUACCAAGACAAAUGGCUGACAGAGCUCUUUUUGAAAGUUUCCUGAACUGCCAUGUGUGUUCAGAGACUUUCAGAGAUCCUGUGUCUCUGAGCUGCAACCACAGCUUCUGUUCAAGCUGCCUGAAGAAAUUCUGGGAACAAGCUGAAAACAAAAACUGUCCCAUUUGUAAAACAAAGUCCUCAACAGAUGAACCAGCAGUGAACUUUGCUCUGAAGGGACUGGCUGACUCGUUUGCUGAGAGACAAAAAGCUGGAUCAUCUGAGACAGAAAAAGAAGAGAAGAAGGUGGAGGUGGUGUGUAGUAAACAUCAAGAAGAGACUAGACUGUUCUGUAAGGAUGAAGAGAGAGCUGUGUGUCCUGUCUGUGAGUUUUCUCUCCACCAGAGUCACAAGGUGGUUCCUGUAGAACAAGCAGUCAGUGACCUGAAGGACCAGCUGAAAUCUGACUUAGAGUCUCUACAGGACAAGAGGGACAAACACAAACAAGUAGAGAAAACAUAUGAUGAAAUAGUUAAACACUCCAAGAAGCAGCUGUUGUCCACAGAGAGGCAGAUCAGAGCAGAGUUCAACAAGCUCCACCAGUUCCUGAAAGAGGAAGAGGAGUCCAGACUGGCAGCUCUGAGGGAGGAAGAGGAGCAGAAGGGGAAGACUAUCAGCAGAGAGAUGAAGAUGAUUCAGGAGCACAUCUCCUCUCUGUCAGACAGUAUCUCUGCUGUUGAAGAAGACCUGCAGAAACACAACGUGCCCUUCCUCAGCAGUUAUAAAGCCACUCAGACCAGAGCCAGAGUCCAGUGCUCACUGUCAGAUCCACAGCUGGUCUCAGGAGCGCUGAUAGAUGUGGCCAAACACCUGGGCAACCUGUCCUUCAGAGUCUGGGAGAAGAUGAAGGACAAGGUCCACUUCAGUCCUGUCAUUCUGGACCCAAACACUGCAGCCUCCAGUCUCUAUCUGUCUGAUGAUCUGACCAGUGUGAGAAGUGGAGACACAAACCAGCAGCUUCCUGACAAUCCAGAGAGAAACACUAAGUAUGCAGAUGUUCUGGGCUCUGAGGGCUUCAGCUCAGGGAAACACAGCUGGGAGGUGGAGGUGGGAGACCAUCCUGUCUGGAUUGUAGGUUUGGCUAAAGAGUCAGCUGACAGGAAGGGAGAGAUAUAUGCCUCACCAGAAGAUGUAAUCUGGUGUUUAACUCAUGAAAGUGGAGAAUACAUUGAUGUUGUUGGUGAGACAGUCAGAGUGAAGAAGAGUCUCCAGAGGAUCAGAGUCCAGCUGGACUAUGACAGGGGGGAGGUGUCCUUCUACGACCCUGAAGACAUGACUCACAUCUACACUCACAGAGACACUUUCACUGAGAAACUCUUCCCAUGUUUCAGUAUUGGAUCAGCUGGUGAUGCUAAAACUGCUGAUAUCAAAAUCAGUCAAACUGUGAAUCUCUGAGAUGUUCAGACACGUUGGUGUUAGUUCAGACUUUAAUCUGACUUCACUGUCUGUCUAGAUCUCAUUGAAAUAAUCAAGACAAUCAACAGUUAUGACAGAAAUAAUAUUUACUCAAUACUUAAACUGCAUUACAUCAUCAGGUCUUAAACUUUCCUGCAGCUCCAAAUCAGUUUACUUAUUAACCUGGUUAUCAGCAUCUUGUGUUUAAUCAGACCACAAUAUAACAUCUACUGUAUCCACUAUACCAAACACUUUGUGUCCAGCUGUGUGAUUCUUUAAGGGGAGACUCUACAGGUGAAUAGGGUAAAAUAUUUAACUAAUAGAUAUCACCAUGAAACUUCACCAGUUGAUUACUGACAUUAAGGCAAAUGUUUUUUUCAUGACAAGUUUUCUGAAAUGUUGUGUUUAAAUAUGCAAAUGAGUCAUUAUCUAAUUAUAACUUUGGGUGGAUUUAGGAGAAAUCUACAGACACAAAUAGACAAAGUAGUAAAAUUAAUUCCAAUCCCAAAUGAAUUAAUAUUAUUUUAUUGUUUACAUGCAACUCACUGUAAAAACAUGAACCCAAUUAUUUUUUAAAUCUGAAAUUCAUUUUUGGAAAUACCUUGAGAAAUUAAGGAUUUGUUUUUUUAGAAAAAAUGUGUUGAAGACGGUAACUAAGAUUAAUCCACAAGAAAAUGUGGCUACAAAAUCUGUAUCACAUCAUCAGGAGACAAACUUUAAAGAUAAAAGCUGUUAAUUAUUCUGGUUAUCAGCAUCAUGUUUUGAGUCAAACAACAUUAUAUAGUAGUUUCAAUCAUUAGUUUAAGUUUUUGAUAUUUUCUAGGAUCUUCUGAUGAGUUAUUUUAGUUUUGGAUCUCUUGUUUUAAUGAUGUUUUAUUUUAAGAUAAGAUAAAACUGUAUUCACCCUGAGGGAAAUUG